AUGAACCUCGUUGUAACCUUGAACUUUGGAAGCGAGCUGUUCAAGAUGGCAACGGAGCACAUCAUCAAGACGGUCGAGCCGUUACACGUCGGGCAGUUCAUGUUCUGCCGCAUCACCACACAGACGGGCAUCGUAGGAUACGGCGAGGCAGGCAUUUGGGGCCACAUCGAGGCCGCGGGAACGUGCAUCAAGCGGUUUGCCGAGUACCUCGAGGGCAAGCGAGCCUUUGACAUUGAGCACCACUGGAACGUGAUGCACCGCUUCAGCUACUUCCAGGGCCUGGCCAUCAACGCCGCCAUCUCCUCCAUCGACAUUGCCCUCUGGGACAUCAAGGGCAAGGCCCUCGGCGUCCCCAUCUACGAGCUCCUCGGCGGAGCCUGCCGCACCAAGGCGCGCGUCUACGGCCAUAUCUACGAAAAGACGAUCGAGGGCGUCCUUGCGGAGUGCAAGCGCAAGAUGGACAUGGGCUUCACGGCCUUUGGCCACAUCAACCCGUUCCUGGACGAGGGCACCGACCAGGUCUACUUCAAGACGCACAUCCAGAAGAUGCAGGACGCCAUCGACAACGUGCGCAGGAUGCGCGCCGUGGUCGGGGACAAGGUCGACCUCCUGAUCGAGCUGCACCGCCGCCUGACGCCGGCCGAGGCCAUCACCUUCUGUAACGGCAUCCAGGACACGGUCCCCAUGCUCGUCGAGGACCCGAUCCGCCCCGAGAACGCCGACGCCAUGGCCCGGGUGGCCGACCGGAUCAGCGUUCCCGUGGGCACGGGCGAGCGCUUCUGCACCAUCUACGAGUUCCAGGCCCUCCUGUCCCGCAACGCCGUCGAGUACGCCCGCGUCGAUGUGGCCGUCUGCGGCGGCAUCACCGGCGCGAAAAAGGUCGCUGCCAUGGCCGAGGCACACCACGUGCAGAUCGUCCCCCAUAAUCCGCUCUCGCCCAUCGGCCUGGCGGCGUGCCUGCAGGUGGCUGCCGCCAUCCCCAACUUCGCUAUCCAGGAGUAUGCCACGGGCUUCGAGGCUGGCGUGUUCACGAGCCAGUCGACCCAUCUGGGCAGUGAUAUCGUGGACUAUGUGCCCCUGCCCAAGGAUGGCUUCGUCGAUAUUCCCUCUGGGCCUGGGCUAGGCAUGAAUCUUGUUGCUGAUGCGCAGACGAUCCGGCCGCCGUUGGUUCAGCCCAUCAAGAUGCGUCCGCACAGGGAUGGGUUCGUGGUGGAUCAGUAA